AUGAAUCGUUUCGUAUGUUUGUUCGUUGCUGUGAAUGGGUUGAUCCAGUCCAAGGAGUUGAAGAAGGUGAGCGUGGUGGACAAGACGGGAGCAGAGAGUGCGGACUGCAAGGCUGUGUGCAAUUUGCCCGCGUUGGGCAAGGUGGACAAGCUCUCUGAUUUGAACGCGAAGGGAUUGACGUGUGUACAGAACUCUAAGUUCAAGGAUGGCGCGUGUACGUUGAGCUUCGAGGUGGAAGUGGGUUCGCUGAGCGACAGCGACUCGUUGGUCUGCGACAACGCCGAUCUUUUAAGCUUCUCCGAGACGACGUUAGACGACUGCGGUUUCAAGAUCACAGCUUGGAAGUUCGCGGACGCCACAGUGAAGAAUGGAGAUCCCACCAAGAAAGUCGCCGCUAAGAUAGCCAGCAAGCCAUACGCCACCGUUAGCGAUGCCCAGAGCCUCUGCAAAAGCACUGCGUGGAAAGACAUCAAAGCGGACACCGAUGUCCAGGUUAAGAUCGAGAACGGGAGCGACGCCGAUUCGUUCCACGCGACCAUCCUAGGAACUCUUGAUCCCGCCCUGCAGUGGUCCUACAACAACACGCAGACAGGUGUGCCGCAAAUUACAGGACUGAAACAAUACGGCGCGAACACACAGAGCACCAUCACCAUCUCCAGAACCUACCAAUACGGUGACAAGGACGUCUGCAAAGGUAGCAGCGGGGUGGCUGCCGCCCUCGGCUUCUCCGCCGCCGCUGCGGUCUUCGCUGCAGCCGUCCUUUAA